GUGUCUCGUGUGUCUGUAUUUCGAUACUAUUUUAGACUUGCCGUGACUAGCGAAUAGCGAUAGACUAACGUCACACACUUAACGUGUUUCUCGAAAGGCCAAAACCAAAAUCAUCUCCACAAUGUCGCGAGUAAUAUUAGCGCAAUUGAAGAAAUCCAACUCGGUUUUGAGGACGGCUGUACGGUCCAAGGCCGAUGGUCACCACGCUACUUACAAACCUCUGACGAUGGAUGACAUGCCAGUCCCAAAGGUACCUUGGCAAGAAUACCACAGCAAAACCAAUGCUAAAUACAAUCUAGUACUAGUAGGCGGAAUUGUUUCACUUGCAGUGUCCAUCUACGUAUUACAAGAUAACUGUUUCUUCAAUGCUUUUGUACCACCAUACCCAUUCGAAGAAACUGAAGAGAAGUAAAUAUGAGUAUAUAUUUUUAAAAAAAGUGUAUUUUUUGUUUCCAUGUAGUAAUUAAUAAUA